AUGAUAGCCGACAAUGUCUUCUUCUACCAAGUAGACAUAUCAUCAUCAACAAAGGUUGAAGAAGUCGCUCGAACGAUUCAUGAGAAGCACGGCGAUCCGACAGUUUUGAUCAACAACGCUGGCAUCGGAUACGGCAAAGCGAUCCUGAAUGAGUCAAUUUCAGAGAUCCGGAAGUUAUUUGAUGUCAACGUACUUGCCCACUUUAACCUCGUGAAGGAGUUCCUACCAGCCAUGAUUGAACGUAAUCACGGUCAUAUUGUCACAGUGGCGAGCAUGGCUUCAUUCGUUACGAUGAAUCAAAAUGUGAGCUACUCUUCGUCAAAAGCCGCUGCUCUUGCAUUCCAUGAAGGACUUGCACAGGAGCUGAAGCAUAAGUAUAAUGCCCCCGGGGUUCGUACAAGCAUUGUUCAUCCGACUUGGGUUCAAACUCCGCUUGUUGAGAGACUUGUCAAAGAUGGCGGUUUCAAUAAAUUCUGCUUACAUCCAGAGACGGUCGCCGAAGCCAUCGUCAAUCAGCUUUAUUCAGGACGCAGCGGUCAGCUUAUUCUCCCAGCUCGGUUAUCUCUCCUCUCCGGUAUUCGGGGGUUUCCGUCAUGGACACAGGAGAUCGUCCGCGAUAGUAUGGCAAACAUUCUCAAGCCAUUUGAUAGUUGAACGAAUUGGGACAUCGAUCCUCUUUUCUAUCGUGCUGGGUGAGCACUU